GGCUCUGAUGGAGGGGGAGGAGGACCUGAACAAUGUCCAGAAGGGAAGAGAUUUGAACCUCUAUCCAACAGAGGACCCUGUGAGCAGCACAGAGGGCACAGCAAGGGACAUCCCCCGGUUCCCCAAAUGCUCAGAGCCACAAGUGAAGCCGGAAGUGAAAGACAAGAUGCAGAAAACCGCCACGGGCCUUUGAAGGGUAAAGGCGAAAGCGAAAGCAGGAAGGACAGACGUGGAGCCUAGCAGAGGACUUUUUAGUUCCUCACUGGCCCCACUUGUCUGACCGACCCAUCCACCCGCGACCCCUAAUCCGCUCUGCCUGCCCCAAGAUGCUGAAGCCAGCCCUGGAGCCCCGAGGGGGCUUCUCCUUCGAGAACUGCCAAAGAAAUGCAUCCUUGGAACGCGUCCUCCCGGGGCUCAAGGUCCCUCAUGCACGCAAGACCGGGACAACCAUCGCGGGCCUUGUGUUCCAAGACGGAGUCAUUCUGGGCGCUGACACGCGAGCUACUAACGAUUCGGUCGUGGCGGACAAGAGCUGUGAGAAGAUCCACUUCAUAGCCCCCAAAAUCUACUGCUGUGGGGCUGGAGUAGCCGCUGACGCCGAGAUGACCACAAGGAUGGUGGCGUCCAAGAUGGAGCUACACGCGCUAUCCACGGGCCGAGAACCCCGCGUUGCCACGGUCACUCGUGUCCUGUGCCAGACGCUCUUCCGAUACCGGGGCCACGUGGGUGCAUCGCUGAUCGUGGGCGGCGUAGACCUGACUGGACCGCAGCUCUACAGCGUGCAUCCCCAUGGCUCCUACAGCCGUCUGCCCUUCACAGCCCUGGGCUCUGGCCAGGGCGAGGCCCUGGCGGUGCUAGAAGACCGGUUCCAGCCGAACAUGACGCUAGAGGCUGCUCAGGGGCUGCUGGUGGAAGCCAUCACCGCCGGAAUCUUGGGUGACCUGGGCUCCGGGGGCAAUGUGGACGCAUGUGUAAUCACGAAGACGGGUGCCAAGCUGCUGCGGACACUGAGCUCGCCCACAGAGCCCGUGAAGAGGUCUGGCCGCUACCACUUUGUGCCUGGAACCACAGCUGUGCUGACCCAAACCGUGAAGCCACUAACCCUGGAGCUAGUGGAGGAAACUGUGCAGGCUAUGGAGGUGGAGUAAAAUAGGUUGAGGCUUAGAGCUUGGAACAAGGGGGAAUAAACCCAGAAAAUACAGUUAAACAGA